AUGGGUAACGCCGCGUAUCCUUACGAACAGUAUACCAGAUACGGAUAUGCAAGUUCCCCUUAUCCUCUUCAUCAACAACAACUUCAUCACGGCGCCGUCAAAGAUAUGGUAAAACCUCCUUAUUCUUACAUAGCCCUCAUAGCCAUGGCCAUACAAAACGCACCGGAAAAGAAAAUAACGUUGAACGGAAUCUAUCAGUUUAUCAUGGAACGGUUUCCGUACUACAGAGAAAACAAACAGGGUUGGCAAAAUUCAAUACGUCAUAAUUUAAGUUUGAACGAAUGUUUUGUUAAAGUACCGAGAGAUGAUAAGAAACCCGGAAAGGGAAGCUAUUGGACACUAGAUCCCGAUUCGUAUAACAUGUUCGAUAACGGUUCGUAUCUGCGUAGAAGAAGAAGAUUUAAAAAAAAAGAUGCGGUCAAAGAAAAAGAAGAUGCCGUCAAAAGGCAUCAUGGUGAUGUUACUAUAACGAAAAGAUUAGAUGUUAAUAUAAAACCUAAAAGAGAACCCGGAAGUGACGUGAGAGACUGUAUAAGGAAAUACGAUGUGAAACCUAACAUUUCCGCGUCGGGUGUUUUAUUAGAACAUAUAUCGGAAGUGACGAACGCGGGUGUCGGUCUCGAAAGUCCCAAUGCCGGAUCUGGUAAUUUUUCCGUUGAUAAUCUCAUGACGACGACGACGAGAGAAGGAAAUUCUCCUCAUUAUGGAGGAAGUAACGGAAGUCCUCGACCCGGAUGCGGUUCCAUGUAUUCAUAUUAUUCCUAUAGCAAUCAAGUACAAGAUGAUAUGUCUCCGUCACCGACGGCGGCCACGCAAUUUCGUCACAAUCCUUGGUAUUCCGAAGAAGCGACGAGUUUUCGAGAACUUUUUGACGCUCCCAGUUGUCAGCUAACUGCCUUUCGUACCACAAUCACAUCAACAUCGGCGGGAGGUGGAUAUCGAGGUGGUGGGUCUCCAGGUUCCGUCACCGCUACGGCGGUCACAACUUUCAGACCCCCGCCACAUGCUCACGGUUAUUAUCACCAACAACAGGAAUCGUGUGAUCUUUUACAUAAAUCUUAUUGA